CUGCCUCAGCUUUGCUCACGAUGCGUGAGCACGUACCACAGGACCAGCCCCAUCGUCCGUGCAAUCAGGUGUAGGGCUGAAGCUGAUCUGGGGAAACAACCGCCGUUGUCAGGAACAAGACCGAGCCUAAAUCUAAAGCUGAGUGGACCCCUGGAGAUUACCCCUUAUCGAGCUGCCAGUGCAUGGCAGCGUUGCAUGCAGGUCCCCUUGGCGAUUCCCAAACGAGAUGGCAGGUGUCAAGGCAGCGAGAUGAGAGCAACAAGCAAUUUCCCUGCCCUCGGGGAUUAAAACAGCACAGGUCCCCUGGAUUGGCAUCUCAAAAGAGCUUGCUCCCUCUCCUCUUUUUUGACUCAACCCCAGGGCUCACUCACCAAAGUCAUUCUUUCCAAAGAAACAACCCGACCCGGCCUGAUAUAUCGAGGCCCAGACACACUCUUUUAAUUCAAAAACAAAUAAUAAUUCGAUAAUUCGUUUGUCGUCGUGAUGCAUUUCCUGUCGCUGCUUGCCCUCGCCGCGCCUCUGGCGUCGGCUAUUCAGUUCACCAACCCGACCGUCAACUCGACCUUGACUCGCGGUUCCACCUUUGACCUGCAGUGGUCCACCGUCGACACCGACCCCGAGGCCUUCAGCGUCUACCUGGUCAACUUUGUCAACUGGCCCCCGUACUACGCCCCCGUCUCCUUCGGCGUCGACUCGACCACCGGCGAGACCUCGGUCAAGGUCCCCUGCGACGUGAACCCCUCAUACGGCUACCAGUUCAACGCCAUCAACGGCACCAACGUCUACGUCAUCUACGCCCAGACGCCCAAGUUCAGCAUCGCCGGGGCCGCCUGCACCGACGAGCCGGCGGUGACCGCGGGGCCGACCUGCGCCGCCGCAACGGCGACCGUCACGGCGACCGUUACGGUGCGUGGCAACUCUACUCUCCUCGUGUCGCCCACGCCCACGCCCACCGGCAGCACCACCCCACCUCUUGGAAAUGAGCUCGUCGCCAAGUCCAAGUACGAGGGGGAGUGCCCCGAGGUCAUCGGCUGGGUCGGCGGCUAUGACAGCCCCGUGAAGCUGACAGAGGUGCCUCGUUCAGGAUCGUCCGUCGGGAUCUCCGCUGAGGCACAGGUAGGCGGCGUCGAGGGCGGCCUCGGCCUCGAACUCGCCGCCGCCACCAACGGCAAGGUCAAGAGCAAGUGUUCCUCCAAGAAGAGGAGGGCCAGGAGGCACGCUUAAGCCCAAGGGCUGCACCUUGUCUAAGCUUUGAAGGUCGUGGAGGUGGCGCGGUGAUGAUGGGAUGAUGAGGUCCCGGGACGACGGGGGAGACAGGCGGGAGGCCGGGUUGUUGUCGCAUCAAUCGGUGUCGUUCCGCUGGGAUGAGAAGAAAGAGUUGAGACGGACCUGGAGAGUACUCAGCGGCCCGUCUCUGUUAGCAGCUGACGUUGACUCGGCGAAUUAUAUACCCCCCGUCUUGACCGAUUUGACUCUACUCUCGUAGUCUCGGCCGGCCGCGUUAUAUUGAGCCCACGUCGCAACAGUAUGAUAUCGCCUCUUGGCCGAGUUUCCAUCUUUGUCAUUCACAGUUCCAAGGCACCUGGGUGCUACCCGAUCCUCACUCAUGCGGCAUAGCAUGGUAUACUUGACCAGAGUACAACCAUUUGUGCCUGCUCAUGCGGAAACACCGACUCGUCUAAACUCCGUCAUCCACCGCUACUUAGGUACCAUUCCGUCGUCUUGUGGUAUCAAUUCAAGUCACACAAAGAGACCUCGAGACCCCGGGACCCAGACCCGAUGUUGCCACUCAUACGAUACCUUCCGACCGUGGCCGAAUGCCAGGGAUAUCAGACAUUGACUGUAACAUGACCGGCGCCUGUUGAGGCAAUUGCUUUGAGAGCCAUCUGGGCGCUCAUAUCCUCGAAUGGGCUGGUUACCACAGACGCUCAUGGACCACCCACAUCGAAGAUCGGGCCGCCAUUGGGCAGGUUGUGGGCUGUGAGACCACCUUCGGCUUUUCGAGUGUUUCUAAGUAUCCUGUACACUACCAGCCAGUAUCGAUGUCAUAGCCUAUAAUUACUAUGCGAGAA